CAUGCGCCCUGCCUCGCUCCUCCACCCCGGCCAGCUCUAAUAACGGCGGCCAUCGACCGCGGUGCUGCGACCUACAGGCCUCACCUCACCCUCUCCUCUAUUCAUAACCCACGUCCCUCCCGUCGAGCCCACAUCUCUUCCGCCCUGCCCCCGCGCCGUAAUGCUACCCUAGGACCAGCAGAGCCAUUGCGAUAGUGCAACGCGACCAUCUUCAUCUGGACCCGGACGACUGCCGGAGCGUCUUGCCAGCGGCCCAGUCGGGCACCCAUCUGCCCGGCGCGGCAGUAUUCCUAGCAUCCCAUGGCCAGCUCCUUUGAGAAGAGCGUCAAGGGCGGCACCAAGAUCAAGCUCGCAGCACCGAAAUCAAAGUAUGUCGAACACAUUCUCGUUGCGACACACGCCGGCGAAGCAGGCGUCGCUGAAAUCUUCCGCGCCCUUACCAACCGUCUGCGCGACUCGACAUGGACCAUUGUCUUCAAGAGCCUUAUCAUUGUCCACUUGAUGAUAAGGGAGGGCGAGCCCGAGGUUACACUCAAAUUCCUCGCCCAGAAUCCCCACCGGAAACUGGCCAUCAAUCACUUUACAGAAGUGCAGACCCAGGGACACAAUAUCCGCACCUAUUCCGAAUACCUGCUCCGCCGCGCCAUCGAAUAUGGCUCCACCAAGGUCGACUACGUGCGUGGCGGUGAGGGCCGCCUCAAGCGCCUGACCGUAGAGAAGGGCCUCCUACGUGAAGCAGAGAGCGUACAGGACCAGAUCAGAGCGCUGCUCAAGUGUCAGCCAUUCGAUGACGAGCCCGAAAACGAAAUCACGCUGACUGCCUUCCGACUGCUCACAAUGGACUUAUUAGUGCUCUUCCACGUCAUGAACGAGGGCACUAUCAACAUUCUCGAACACUACUUCGAACUAUCAAAACCCGACGCAACACGCGCCCUCGCAGUGUACCGCACUUUCGUCAAGCAAACUGAAGCUGUUGUCCAAUACCUUAGCCUCGCAAGAUCGCAUGAACACUCAACACGAUUGGAGAUUCCACGAAUCAAGCAUGCCCCGACCAGUCUGGCUGCAUCGUUGGAAGAGUACCUGGCCGAUAAGGACUUUGAGAUCAAUCGACGACAGUAUAUUGCCGAGAAGGAGGCGAAAAAGAAUGGGGGCAAGUCCACCAAUGGGGCGAGCAAGUCUACGGACUCGAAGUCGGCCUCUAGCAAUACUACUAGCCAGCAGCCAGCAGCAGCUCCGACCAAGCCCUCUGCAAACGCACCUCUGAUUGAUCUGUUUGAGUCACUCGAGGACAACCAACAAACCAUGGCUACACAACCAAUGAUGCAGCAGUAUCCCCAACAAACAGGCUUCCAGGUUCCACAGCAGACAGCGAACAUGGGCUUCCCCCAACAACCACAGCCUUUCCCAAUGCAAAACGGCCAGGGCACGAAUCCCUUCCAACUAGGCCAACAGCCCCAAGCGCCCCAACUCCAGGCCCAGUUCACCGGUGCAGGCUUUGGCGGCUAUUCACCACAACCUUUCAGCACACAGAAUACCAUGCCAUCAAUACCACAGAACGGCAUGCCUGAUUUCUCACAACAGCAGCAACCACAUCAGAUGCAGGUUCCUACCAUUGCCGAGCCUAUGCAGCCUCUGCAGCCUCAGCAAACCUCAACAAAUCCAUUCCGCCAAUCGAUGCUACCCAGCAGUCCGACUGGUGCCAGCUCACUCAACCGCGCGUCAACGAAUCCGUUUGCAAAACACAAUACUGGACUUUCGGCACAAUCACAGUCGCCGGUCAAUUCUCCGCCCUUUUCCAUGCCUUCAGUUCAAGAGUCACCAUUUGCUCUGCAACAGCAGCCGCCACAACAACAACCCCAGCCCCUACAGCCUACGCCCGCUGGCACAAAUCCAUUCGCACGACAGCCAUCGCCACAAAGCACCCUCUCCCCACAGGGUGGACUCACUGUGCACGCAACGGGUAGCACCAAUCCUUUCCGACAAAGUGCCUUUGUCAAUCAGCAGACAGGCCAGGGUUGGCAGAAUGCAGGCAGUCAAGGGACAUUAGGAGGGAUCAACCUUGACCAAGUACCGACAACAAGUGUCUUUCCACGGCCCGGACAGCAGCAACAGCAAAACUUUCUGGGAUAGAUUUUAGGUGACGAAGCAAUGGUGAUACAGUUUUGUAAUUGUGGUAGACUGUUGGCAGGGAUUUGGGGUAGCUUGCGGUUUCCUUUUGCGCGGAGUUUCUUCAAUGCUGCGUGACAUGAUUUGUGAGUAAUCGCUCUGAAAUAACCGUACUGGACUGCAUUCGUACAGGAGUAAGAAUGGGUCACCAUUUCGUAGGGUAGCAGAAGAUGCUCGAAAUUGGAGGUUCUUGAGGCGGACUGGGCUUUUUUGUAACUCAGAUGAUUCAAUCAUCACUUUCUAGUUUAUCUUCGAGCCAGGCAUCUGCAAGGAGCCCCUCGCUAAUGAAACACAUAAUUUAUCG